AGCAAACUAACAUGGCGUCUGGCGGAGCUGCCACUAGGGCCUUCUUGGCCGAUGCUGGGCACGGGGAACAGGAGCUGGAUGCCAACUCGGCGCUAAUGGAGCUGGACAAAGGAUUGCGAUCUGGAAAGCUUGGUGAGCAGUGUGAGGCCGUGGUCCGUUUCCCAAGGUUAUUUCAGAAAUAUCCUUUUCCCAUUCUCAUCAAUUCCGCUUUCCUGAAGCUGGCAGACGUGUUCCGAGUGGGGAAUAAUUUCCUCAGACUCUGUGUACUGAAAGUUACCCAACAGAGUGAGAAGCAUUUAGAGAAAAUCCUGAAUGUCGAUGAGUUUGUGAAAAGAAUUUUCUCCGUUAUUCACAGCAAUGAUCCGGUUGCCAGAGCGAUAACACUACGGAUGCUGGGCAGUAUGGCCUCUAUAAUACCUGAUCGCAAAAAUGCUCAUCACAAUAUACGGCAGAGUUUAGAUUCACAUGAUAACGUUGAAGUUGAAGCUGCCAUCUUUGCUGCCGCUAACUUCUCUGCUCAGUCAAAGGACUUUGCUGCUGGGAUCUGUAACAAAAUUGCUGAAAUGAUCCAAGGAUUGGCUACUCCAGUUGAUCUGAAAUUAAAGCUGAUCCCUAUUCUCCAGCAUAUGCACCAUGAUGCAAUUAUGGCCUCCAACAGUCGACGGCUUCUUCAGCAAUUGGUAGCAUCAUAUCCUUCUACCAAGAUGGUUAUUGUGACUUUACACACCUUCACCUUGCUAGCAGCAUCCUCCUUGGUGGAUAUACCCAAACAGGUUCAGCUUUUGUUGCAGUACCUAAAGACUGAUCCCAGGAAAGCAGUAAAGAGACUUGCUAUUCAGGAUCUGAAAUUACUGGCUAAUAAAACACCCCACACGUGGAGCCGAGACAAUAUUCAGGAUCUAUGUGAAUGUGCUUUGCAAACACCAUAUGAUAGCCUGAAACUCGGCAUGCUCUCUGUUCUCUCCACACUGUCAUCAAGUGUUGCCAUCAAGCAGUAUUUCAGUGCUGUUCCAGGCACAAAGGCAAAUGCAUCAAGGUAUUCGGAUCUGAUUAAACUUGCACAGGAGUGCAGCUACCAUAGCAACCGUGGCAUUGCUGCUCAUGGAGUCACCGUGCUCACCAACAUUGUAUCUUCUUGUCAGGAUAUAGACAAUCUGACGCUUGAGAAAGAUGCUAUCUAUGGCCUUGAAUCUCUCCUUGUUCUGUGUAGCCAAGAGAACAGUACAGGAGCCCAGGUAACACUGAAGAUUGCUUUAUCAUGCAUGGUGAAGCUGGCAAAGUGCCGUCCCUAUCUGAGCCAGUCAGUGGUGGAAUCUCUCCUGACCCAGCUGCACAGUGCCCAGGACUCUGCCAGGAUAUUUAUGUGCCAUUGUCUGGCUUCUGUCGCUAUGCAGCUUCCAGUCCUGGGGGAUGGAAUGCUGGGGGACCUCGUUGAACUCUACAAGCUGAUUGGACGCUCCGCCACCGACAAGCAACAAGAACUUCUGGUUUCACUUGCCACAGUUAUUUUUGUUGCUAGUCAGAAAGCUCUGUCGCCUGAAGUCAAGACUGUAAUUAAACAGCAACUUGAGAAUGUAUCCAAUGGCUGGACUGUAUACAGGAUUGCCCGGCAAGCAUCUAGAAUGGGUAACCAUGAUAUGGCAAGGGAGCUGUACCGGAGCCAGCUGACUCAGGUGGCCUCUGAACACUUCUACUUCUGGCUGAACAGCUUGAAAGAAUUCUCCACGGCAGAGCAGAUUCUUACCACCCUACAAGAAGAUGAUUAUGGGGCGGCCCUUUCAUCCAUUGCUGAUGCACUCAAAUCCUACCAUAAAGGGAUAGCCUCACUCACGGCUGCCAGUACUCCCAUGAAUCCUUUGAGUUUUCAGUGUGAUUUUGUGAAGCUGCGGAUAGAUCUCCUCCAGGCCUUUUCUCAGCUUAUUUGCACCUGCAACAGUUUGAAAACCAGCCCUCCACCUGCCAUUGCCUCCACCAUUGCCAUGACGUCAGGGAAUGAACUCCAGCGCUGUGGGCGCAUCUCCACGCAGAUGAAGCAGUGCAUGGAAGAAUUCAAAAGCCUCGCCGCUCGCUAUGGGGACUUGUAUCAGUCUUCGUUUGAUGCCGAUUCUGCAACUUUGAGGAAUAUAGAGUUACAACAGCAGAGCUGCCUGUUAAUUUCUCAUACCAUUGAAGCGCUCAUUUUGGAUCCAGACUCGUGUAGUUUCCAGGAGUGCAGCUUCAGUGGGUCAGUACAGGCAGACAGCGAGUAUGAGCGCCGGAUGAUGUCUGUAUUUAACCAUGUACUGGAGGAAGUGGAGAUGCUCGCUAGAAAGUAUCCGCCAGUGUCUUACCUGCACACAUCUUGCCUGUGCAGUGCAGCCAUCAGCCUACUUAAGGUACCCCUGUCAUUCCAAAGAUACUUCUUCCAGAAACUGCAGUCCACGAGUAUCAAGCUGGCCCUGUCACCGUCACCGCGCAAUCCCUCCGAGCCCAUUGCCGUACAAAGUAACCAGCAGUUGGCCUUAAAGGUGGAAGGAGUGGUGCAACAUGGCUCCAAACCGGGACUCUUCCGCCAGAUCCAGUCUGUGUGCCUCAACGUGUCCUCUACCCUCCAGACCAAACCAGGGCAGGAUUUCAAAAUUCCAGCAGAAGGAGUCAGGAGUGAAAUGGAGCAGAGGGUGGUGCCUCACAACGAUUAUUUUAGCACUCAGUUCCUGUUAAACUUCGCCGUGCUUGGGCCGCACCAGAUCACUGUGGAAUCGUCUGUCAUGGACUCAAAUGGAAUUCUGUGGAAGACCGGUCCAAAGACAACAAUGUUCAUUAAAUCGGCGGAAGAUCCAUUUACGCAGCAAAUGCGCCUGCAGCAACAACAGCAGCAGCAGCAACAACAACAACAACAACAACAACAGCAGCAGCAAAGCCAACAACCAGUGCUGCAGCAGCAAAGGAAUGCCUACUCCCGUUUCUAGUGCCCGUUACACCCGUUAGUUUGUUAUACACGUGUCAUAUAAACAGGCUUUGCUUAUCUCAUGACUCCUAUCACUAGAAUCAUGGGGUGUAAUGUUUUCCAUUAAAAACAAUGGAUGGAGUCUCAUUCAUUCUAUAA